GACUGACGGCGUCCACCUUGCCCGGCCCUUAUACCCUACUGGAAGACAAUCCAGACCGCACUACCCCUUCUUCCUAGCUCCCUUUCCACAACAGUGACCACGAGGCAUUCUCAUCCUCACCCUAUACCCAUCGGCUCGGCGGCUCAGAGAUGGGCAACGCCGCUUCCAAUGAAGCCCAGCAGCCAAAGGAUGCAACGGCCUUAGGUCGCCCGAGAUCCCAUGCCGGGGCGACCUCCCAGCCUGCCACUCCUGGUGGAAGCUCGUUGGGCAGGGGAUGGAGCCGGCACGGGUCCAUCAGAAGAGGAGUCUCCCAGACCCCGGUCCAGAAUCCUACCCGCAACCCCUUCUCUCGGGAGGAUUCAGCAGGGCCCUCUCUCGAACGGCAACUCUCCACCACCACCACUACUGGCAGUACCUCUGCUCAGGCGCGUCGACCACGGGCUGACUCUGCCUCGACUGCAACAGGUCCAAGGGCCGAAAGCCUCACCCCGAAUGCAUCCAGAGAGAGAGCAGCCACUGCUUCAUUUGACACUCCUUUGACGAAGCCUGGCGGGCCGGCUGGUCGAUCAGCAAGCAUCAGCGUUGGGCUGAGCAGUCACCUCCUCAAAAGGCCAACCAAGCAGGGCACACUGCAAAGCUCAGAUCUGCAGGAUACGGAAAGUGAACUCAAGGAGCAUCCAGGGAGCAACAACCUUCGGAGCGCGGUAGAGCCCUUGCGCCGGCUCUGGAUCUUGCGACUUCCUCAUUUGGCCCACAGACUAUCAUUUCACCGCAUCUCUCGCCAAGCAUUGCAACCGAUGCGCAAUCCGUUUCUGGAACGACUAGUAGCCACCUCACUCCAGCCGGAGCGUCUCCCCAGCUGACUCCGUCAACAACGCGGCCGUUCGGUCGAGGUGUCGCGGCUAUUUUCGCGAACGCAGGUCAGUCUUCAGCCGCAACAGCCGUUUCAACGUCGCAACUUGGCAGUGCUCUAGAGGGCAAUCUUGACCCCGGAUCAGUGUCUGACCGCACGGGCGCUGGGGGCUCAGAGGCUCGAUCUGUCGA